AUGAAAGAAGCAUAUACAUAUAAACGAAGUAUUCGUACAUUAAAAACAAUUUUUAUUUAUUUAAUGGUUUCACAAUUAGAAGCUUUUGUUGAGCAUAAUAAUGAAUAUAAAGGAAAAUUAACAUUUAUUGUCAAUAAAUUUAACAAUAACAUGACAAAUGUUACAGAUUACGUUAUUGAAUUAUUAAAAAAAACAGAUUUAUUAGCAUGUUUUGAUAAAUGGAGAAAAGAAAAUGCAUCAAAAAAUUUAAAUUUUGCAUAUUGGGAUAUGAUUAUUCAAGAAUAUUGA